GAAUUAAAGAAAGGCUGACCAAAGAGAAGAAAAAUAUAAUUUAUCGACAUGGAGGACAGCAUGCGUAGUGCGGCGGACGACAGCAUAAUCGAUAUUCUCCGCGACGAAGGAUUUCGUGACAAGUUGAAACAAGGUGAAAAGGAACUCAAGAAAUUUGGGGGUCAGCAAAUUGUUGAAGCUGCUAUAACCAAGCUCCCGAAACUCUACAGAGCAGCAAUGGAAGGAGAUUGGGAAGUUGCUGGUCACCAGUUUCGUCACAAUCAAGAUGCAAAGACAGCAAAAAUCUCCAACCUCGGCAUGACAGCCCUUCAUGUGGCAGCAAGUUGUGGCCAGUCAGAGUUUGUGCAGAAGCUUGUGGAGGAGUUAGCUGAGGAGCAGCUGGCAAAGUUGCAGCUUGAAGCCAGAGACCAACUUGGCCGAACUGUUCUUCAUCACGUGGCCUUAGCAGCAGAUGUGGACGCUGCCAAAGCAAUGGUGACCAAGAACCCAAUUUUGCCUUACCUCGGGGAUGUGAAUAGACUUACCCCCCUCUUCUAUGCUGCUAAAUGGCGACAUCCAUCAGAAAGCAAGAAAAUGGUGGAAUAUCUGUACGGAGUUAGUCUUGAAGAAGAUUUGCCUCGUGACCAUGUCGGCAGAGAUGUUUGCAAUGCCUUCACGGAUGAUUCAGCUCCCGAUCUCAUUGUGGCAAUCACUGCUUCGGGGUCAUAUGAUACUGCUUUGCGUAUCCUUAAGAGAUAUCCGGAGUUAGCUCUUAAAAAAAAUCCCGAAGGAACGUCCAUACUUCAUGUACUUUCAAUGAAACCUAAGGUAUUCCGGAGUGGAAAUGAACUUUCUCCAUUGAGAUCUUGGAUCUAUGAUUUGGUACCAGUUGACGACGAGGAAACACAACACGAAGAUUCAACAAGUGAUGGUGCUAACAGCAAGAAUCGAUGCUCAGCAGCUUCGUUCUUUAAAUAUUUGGGCAAGUUCAUUAAAGGAAUAAGAGAGAUGUCUGAAAUGAAGCAAAGCCACGGGCGUGCUGUUAGACUUGUAGAGUUUGUAUGUGAUGAGUUACAAAAGAAAGAAAAAGAGGAAGAGGAAGAGAAAGAGAAAGAGAAAGCGAAAGAGCCAGAGAAAGAGCGAGAGAAAGAGGAGCCAGAGAAAGGGAAAGCAUGGGAGAAAGAGGAAGAAGAGAAAGGGAAAGAGCGGGAGAAGGAGCGAGAGAAAGAAAAGAAACAGAAUGAGAAAGAAGAGAAUGAGCCGAAGAAAGAGAAGGAGCAAAGCCACGGGGUCUGGAUUUAA